AUGGCAAGACCAGAGCAUGUACAUUUAGAGUUUUUGCACUCUUUUGGAUCAGUUGCAUAUACCGAUAUUAAAAAUUCAGUCUGCCUUAGUGAUGAUGAUACAAAUUCGAUUAUUUAUCCAGCAGGAAGACAUAUUGCUGUAAGAAGCCUAGAAACAGAUGAUAUCAACUACAUAAGGGUAAUUUUUAUUUAGGAACCUGACAGAGUUACUAAAAUCACCGCAAUGGCUAUAACUAAAGAAAAGUCCAGGCGAUUUCUAGCAGUAGCAGAAUAUGUCCAGAUGGAAAACACCCCACUUGUCUCGAUUUUUGACCUGAAAAGUGGCGCAUACUUCAAAAGGAUGAGGCAGUUAGGGUUUCCAGACAUGUCUGCAGAAGAGUUCAAAUGUCUUGGCUUUUCAUCUGACUCAAGACUUAUUGUCGCUACUAGUGGGCCGCCUGACUAUAUUGGAAUUGUGUGGGACUGAUAUCGAGAUAAACUUAUAGGAAAAUAUGCAUUUGCUUCAAAAAUUGCAAGGAUAACUAUAAACCCAAAAGAUCCUUAUUUGCUCUGCACAACUGGGCCAAAUCAUUGAAAAACGUGGAAAAUUGAAGAAAAAUCGUUCAAGCCUCAGCCUCCGUUUUCUGGGAUGGACAGGACCCAGAAUUAUAUUGAUCAUGACUGGGUCGAUGAUGAUACAGUUGUCGCUGUUUCUGACAAUGGAGAAGCUUUUGUUGCAAGGGGGACUGAAUUAAUCCAAAUCAUUGAGUUUCCAUUUGGAAAAGCUAGCGAUGCUAUGCAGCCAUCAGCAUCAGCCACCAUCUCUUCCUUAUACUGCUAUGCAAAAGGGUUCUUUUUUGGAAGCAGCGAAGGGACCAUUUCUUUUUGGAAUCGUGUAGUCAUGCAUGAUUCUCCACAAGGAGAAGUUUUUGUAUUUGAUUUUGUAAGGUCAUGAAGCACUGGGAGAAGUUCUCAUAUAAACUCUUUAUCAUUAUCAAACAAUGAAGAAACCCUAGGAAUUUCUCAUAGUAAUAAUGAUAUUGGAACUUGCAAUGUUUCAAAAAUAUUCCAAGAGGACACUGAAGUAAAAGUGGAAAUAUUUUGCCAAGGGUUUCAUAGAGGACCUAUAACUGCAAUGGAUGUAGCAGUACAGAGACCAUUGCUGGUAACCUUAGAUUAGAUUAGAUUAGAUUAGAUUAAAGCUAUGCAUUUAUAGUCUCCACUUCCUGAGCACCAUGCGUUCCACGAUGAGCCGUGGGGUGUGCGUGCCACAGUUAACUUGAGAACGGAUCGAAACCCCCGGUUUCCCAGUAGAGGUAUUUUCCUUCCAUUUCUGAGUCAUGAGGACUUUGCCGGAAACUUCCAUUUCCUGCUCAAGCAACCAAAUAUACCAGCCCUGCUCAGCUUAGGCCAGAUCAUCCCAUAAGUAACCAUUCCUAUCUAACCUGCCUUACCUUUUUCCCCUGUCCAGUACCAAAGGAAAAGCUCAACAAUUACGCGACUAGGAACAAGCCAUGAAGUAGCCUUGGCAGGCAAGUCUCCCUACCUCUAUCGGACAUUACUUCUAGCUGGGCGGUGCUGGCAAAAAAGAUGCAAAAAAUUGCCUCUUGAUAAGAUCACUGGGACUCUUGCCUCUAGGCUAACCCAAAUUUUUGGGGAUGGACUUAAGGACACCUGCAACGGGGAGGACGGGUCGCUCCUCACCUGCCAUUUUAUGUAUACGACCAUUGCUAGUAACUUGUUCUCAAACUGAUGCUUCAGUUAGGAUAUGAAACUAUGUCACUUUUAAGUGUGAAGUAGCUAAAAGGCUUAGACAUGAUAAAGAUGCAGCUGGCUCUGAAGCUAUAAAUAGACCACUGCUAUCUGUUGCUUUUCAUCCAUCAGGCUAUUAUAUAGCUGUGGGAUUUGAAGACAAAGUCAGAAUUUUUCACUUGCUAUUUGAUGAUUUAAGGUUUUUCAGAGAAAUCAAUAUAAAAAACGCAACAUGUUUGCGAUUCAGCACAAGUGGGCACCUGCUAGCAGCUGUUUCUUCUAAGAUGGUAUAUAUAUACACUUCUUUUACUUUGGAGCAAGUUGAUAUGCUAAAAGCUCAUACCUCUGCAAUUCAAGACUUAGCAUGGUCUAAAAAUGACCAAAAAAUCGCAACUGUAGGAAUAGAUGGCGGAGUUUAUGUUUUCGAUAUGUAUACAGGACAAAAAGACCCAGAGCAUGUAUCAAGAAAUACUGACUUCCCCUUUAAAAGCGAAAAAAAUUGUUUACUCCCCCUCCCUCCGUGAGUGAACAAAACCAUUAGAAAAAUCGCCAUUUUUUGCCCAAAAACCCAUCCUCCGUGAGUGAAACAAAAAUUUUUUUAAUACAAAAAUAUUUUAUGGAAAAAAAAUUUUAAUAUAUAAAUGAUAAUUAGUAUAAUGAAAUCUAGAGCUAAUUCUGUUUAAUUUUGAACGAAUUGCAUUUAAAAACAUAAAUUUUAUAAAUUAAAUUUAUAUUUGCUUUCCAAUUUUUGCAAAUUAGGAUUUUUUUAAAUUUCGAAAAAAAAUAUUUUUUAUAAAAUUUUAUAUAUAAAUUUUUUAACAAAAAAAAUUAACCCCCCUCCAUGAGUGAAACAAAAAUUUUUUUGUUCACUCACGGAGGGGGGGGGAGUUAUAAUAAAAUUUUUAGUAUAUAUAUUUGUAUAAUAUUAAUAAUUAUUAUAACACAUUCUCUAUCUAAUUCUUUUAAAUUUAAAUAGCUUGCACUCUUAAGCAUAUUUUAUAUAUUAAAUUAAUUUUUUCUUUUCAAACUCAUAAAUUUGACAUUUUUUAUAGCUUAAAACAAUUUUUUUAUUGCACUUUGUUAAUAUUUGAGCGCAAGCAAACUUGCCUUACUGAUCAAAAUCAGUUUGCUAUUUAACUGCGAAAUAGCUGACUGGUCAUGAAAGUAGACGAGUUUACUGAUGUUCAAAUAUUAACAAAGCACAAUAUAUAAUAAUUUAAAAAUAAAUUUUUUAAAAAAAAUUAACCCCCUUAAUAGCAAGAAAAAAAUCCUAAAUCUUAAUGAAGGGAGUGAGUAUUCAUCUGUAGCUUUUAUCGAAAAUGAUAUGGUUGUUACUUGUGGGCUUGAAUCCCAACACUCAAUUAUAUUGGAGCAGAACUUUGGAGAUUGGAAAACCCACUCGUUCGGGCUGCGCCCCAAGCUUUCACAAAUUCAUUAUUUUAGAUCAUAUCAUGGGACGCCAUGUUUUAUAUCAGGUUGCUAUGCUGGAAAUGUACAAAUUUAUGGCCCUGGUCCUUCAAAUGCGUUUUUGGAAGAAUUAGUUGUGCACAAUGGGAGUGUUUUGAAGCUAUGCAGCUCUCAUGAUGGCAGAUACGUAUUUUCAGGAGGAGAAGACGGGGUUAUUUUCAUAUAUCACGUAAUAGAGCCCAGAGACCUACAGCCACAAAUGGAAAGAAUCCAAGUUGAUAAUAAAGAAAAAGAUGAUUUUCUAGUCAGAACCGUUGAUGAAAAACUAGCUGAUAUCGUUUUAAUCCCAAAAUCGCAGCUUGAAUGGUUCAAAGGACAACUGGAAACUAUCCGAGCUGAGAUGGAGAACAUAAGACAGAAAAGAGACUAUAAUAUCCAACAGCAAGAUUUGACUUUUGAAGAACAAAGAAAAGAGCUUGAAAAAGCGCUGCAUCAGGAAUAUAAAGUGCUAGAAUCAAAAUAUGAACAGAUAAGAGAUGAAAAGAUGAAAAAGGAAAGAGAGUGGGUGGAAAGAUUAGGAAACCUCGAAAGGGCUCACAAUAAUGCAAUUGAUACUGUAGAAACUCUUUAUGAAAAAAAGCUAACUUUAGAAGACGAAAAAUAUAGAAAAAUGGAAAAAGACAAAACUGAGCUGAAAUCUUAUUAUGAGGAACAGAUUUCUGUUUUACAAAAGCAAAAUGAUGAAGCAAUAGAACAUCUUGCUUCAGCUUUUAAAGACUCUUUGAAAAAAACACAGGAUGAUUAUGAAGAAACAAGGAAAACUGCUGAAGAUCUUAAAUUGAUUUAUGAAGAAAGACUAUCUCAGCAAGAAGACGAGCAUGAAGCUGAAAUCCAGGAAAUGAGAAAAAAUUAUGAGGCUAUGGUUGAAAAGCAAAGCAUUGAAAAUACAAGGGUUAGACGUGAAAAUGAAACCUUGACAAGUGAGCAACAAAUGUUUUCAGAAGAAAAAGAAGCAAUCAGGAUCAAAAACGAAAAGAAAAAAAGCACGAUUUCAGCCUUAGAUAAAUCAAUAGCUGAGCUCAAAGCACAUAAAGACCAACUUGAGGCUGAGAAAAAAGAAAAAGAAGAUUUAUUGGUGCAAAAAGAAAAUAAAAUCCAGGACUAUAAAAAUCAAGUAAAAGACCUGGAUAAGAAAAAGCACGUUCUAGACGCCAGAAAAAAAGAAAUUCUUGAUGAAAUCCAGCCAAAAGAUAAGGAAAUUGGAGAUCUGAAAGAAGAACUAAAGAAGCUGCACAAUGAUUGUGACAGAGAAAGAAAAAUAAAUACAGACUUAAAAAAGAAAAUAGGGGAAAAAGAAGAGCAAGUUGAUAAUUUAAGAGCAGAAGGCUCUGUGCUGCAAGGGCAAACUAAUGAUAGAGCCCAUGGCUUAAGAGCGAUUACAAAUGAUAUUUACGAUAUUGUAAAUAACGUUGAGCAAAAAGCCUGGAUUGAUGAAAUGAAAAAACUAUAUAUUAAAUAUGUCAAAAAUGAACUUGGGAAAGUUAGCAAAAAAGACCCAGAGUGCGUAGAAGAAAUGGAAGAGCAGCUAAGAUUUAUGUCGAAGUCAAUAAAUAUCAUGAAACAGUCACUCUCUCAGUCUCAUGGAAGGUCGAAAGCUGACAUGAGGAAGCGGACAAUUGAAAAUUCCACACUAAUUCAAGAGCUUCAUGACCUAAGGAAAACUAAAAAAUCAAAUGAACUCAUGAUAAAGCAGCUAGAAUAUAGACAUAAAGCUAUCCAGCAAGCCAUAACUGCAAGUGAAAGAAAAGAAGGGAAAAUGCAAGGGAAGCAGCCAAGUACUGCUCAGCUUCCAUCAAUAGCACCUCUUCCAAUCCCUCAGCCAAGAGCCAAAUCUGCUAAGUCGCGAUCGCUAACACAAACAGGAAAAUUAUACAAAGGCUCUCCAUUUGAAUCCAAACUUAUCAAUAAUCAAUAAAAUGGCCACAUUCGAAAGUUACCGAUCUGCUGUUGGCUCCACUCACUUUAUGAUUAUGAGGCUUGGCUUUACAUGGGAAUUCUAUCCUGGUCAAGACAGGUAAGUAACUUGAAGGGGAGUUAACAGCCCUUUGAUCUGCCCCUAGGAGCCUGAGAGGCCUGUGGUUUUUUUUACUUCCAUCAUGUGGCAGCGAAGGAGCCUUUAGUUACUGCAUAACGCCAAGGAAGACAGAAAUCGCUCACUCUUGAGCUGUAUAAGUCUGCAUCACCAUUACUAAGUGUGCACUGAAGAAGUGAAGCAUGUUGGCCUAGCGACCUGUAGGUCCGACAUCUGCAAAAAUGGUGGAAGCUUAGUACAGCUACCCCAUAGUGGAUUCUAAGCGAAACGUAACGCUUUAGAUUAAUUCUAAGUAAGUCAGAAUCCAAACUUAUCAACUUACAAGACAAGCAAAGAAUCAGCGAGCUCGCCAAAGAUCUUGAAGAGAAAAAAGAAGAAAACUUUUAUUUGAAAGUUGAAAUUAACCGAUUAAGAGAUAUGCUCUCACAAGAAGGAAGCCCAAAUGUUGAAGAGGCCAAUUUAAGAGAAUCUCUUGAUGCUUAA